AUGCAACAAAAUUUUUGCUUGUUUGAUGGAAAGAUUUAUGUUUACGAUAAAGGACUUCCAAUGGGAUCUCCCCUUAGCGGGAUGUUAGCCGACAUCUUUUUAAAUGAAAUUGAGGAUAAAUAUAUUCUUAACGAUACAAACCCAAUUAGAAAAAAUAUCUUACUCUGGAAACGAUAUGUCGAUGAUAUUUUCAUUAUAAUUAAGGAUAAGAAUGAUAACACAAUUGAAGAUUUACACGAAUACAUUAAUUCACUUCACAAUGACAUAACGUUUACUGUAGAAGUUGAACAAGAUAAUACUUUAAACUUCCUGGACCUAACAUUAAAGAACACCAAUAGUGGCUUACAAUAUCAAAUUUAUCAUAAAGUUACUCAAACAGACAUAGUUAUCCCAUACGAUUCACACCACGACCAUACCCACAAAUUAGCUGCUUUCCGUUCAUCUAUAGAUAGAGCUUUUUCAUCAUCACUUACACCAGAUCAAAUACAGAUAGAAUUAUCAAUAAUUAAACAGAUAGCCAACAAUAAUAGUUUUCCAGACAAAAUAAUUGAAGAUUUGAUUAAGAAACAACAAAGCAAAAAUCUUAUACAAAUUUAUACUAGCCGAAAUCAACAAAACAAGGAACAACCAAUUACAUAUAGAUCCAUUAACUAUCAAGGUAAAGUCUGUAACAAAAUUAAGAAUAUUUUUAAGAAAUAUGACAUCCUCAUCUCAUGUAAGACGAACAACACUAUUGGUCAAAUAUUAAAUAAUGGAAAGGACAGAAUUGAUAUACCGAAUGAUAAUGGGGUAUACAAACUUGAGUGUGGUACUUGUAAGGCAACUUACAUAGGUGAAACGGGGAGAGCCCUUCAUACAAGAAUAAAAGAACAUAAGAACAAGUCAUCAUCGAAUUUUGGCAGACACUUGAACUUUAAUACAGAACAUCAAUUUGAUGAGAACAUUCAUGCUACAAUAUUACACCGUAAAAAUAAAGGCUAUAUGCUGGAAUUAUUGGAAAGCUAUGAGAUUAAUAAGUUCAAAAACAACAAUCCAAACAUCUUGUGUUUAAAUGACCAGAUUCAACCAGUUUCUAAACCUUUAUACUCAUACCUCCAAACACCGUACACACUCCCUUCCAAAAAACCCCCAGAUAAACGAGGAUUUCAGACCAUGGUAACAGUCUGA